UAUUCCACUAAGCAACGGAAGAAAAGACACAGUGCUGAAAAUAUCAAGAACAAGACGGAGAAUAAAAUUCUUAAAAUUUUGUUGGAGUUGAAACAGCAUCAGUCACUAUCACAAAGUGGCACGUGUCUCCCAUGCCCUCCCGGUCCACCAGGUCCUAGCGGAGAGAAAGAAUCCCGAGGCAAAAGAGGUCAGAAAGGAGAUCAAGGUAUUAUGGGAUUGCCUGGAGAGAGCGGUAAGCAAGGUAUCAUUGGACCAGCAGGUCGGAAGGGAGAUGUUGGUGUCAAGGGACAAAAAGGAGACAUAGGACCUGCAGGCAUGCCGGGAGCUAAAGGAGAACCUGGUGAAUCGAUUUCAGCUCCUGUUGUUGCCGUGUCCCCUAAAACGCUGACAGUUAACGAAGGUGGAUCAGCUUCGUUUCAGUGUUCAGCAAGUGCUAAUCCUAAAGCUGCAAUAAAAUGGAGUAAACUAAACAGUCAGUCACAAAUAAGUCCUUCAACGGUAUCAGGAGGAAAGCUGGUAUUAAAAAAUGUGGCUGUAAAUGACGCAGGAAAAUAUAACUGUUCGGCGGUCAACAUUUUAGGAAAGGUGCAUGCUCUGGUACAACUUGUGGUGAAUGGUAAGUUUGCUGUAACUCGGGUGAUUCGGAAUGCUAAGUCAUCUUGGGCAUUUAUAAAUUAUUCAAAUAUUAUGCAAAUGCAUUCAUAAAUAGUUGAACCUCAGACACUUUUAAGUGCUGAAAAAUUAAUCUACAGCAGAACCCUGGUAACUUGAACUCUGAAGGGAAAAGGAAAAAAACUUUUCGAGUUAGCAGGAAAUUUGAGUUAUAGGAGUAAAUAUCAGUGAAAUUGUGAUCAAAGGAAAAGAAAUUUAUUUCGGUUCAGCGGGGAAGUCGAGUUAUCUGAGUUCGAGUUAUCGAGGUUCUACCGUAUUUGUUAUUUGAAAGAACGAUUUCAUUGUUGAUAUUGACCACCAGUUAGGUGGCACUGCAAUAAGGUAAAUUGGCAUCAGAGAAAAAUGGGGCUGAUAUUUCCUCUUUCAUAACCAGCCAAACAGCAUUUUUUCACUUUUAUUGUUAAAGAAGGAAAAUUUUGUCUUGUCUUGGGACGAGUAUCGGUUUAUGGUGAAUAUAGCUUCCAUGGGCAGGCUUUUUUUGAGACCUUUCCAUAGGAAAAAAAAUCUGAAUAAAGGGCAAACUGAGAAACAUGGCCCCACCAUAAUAACGCUCAAUGACAAAAUUAAUUUUUAUUAUCUCUUUUCAUGGGAUGCUGAUUGUUGUUUUCAAAUUUCACCAAAGCAUUUUUCCUUGCAGUUCAUCCGCGCAUUUCUCUCCAUCCGGGACCUCAUUACGCCAUCAAAGGAAACAGUUACGCCCUUCCUAUUUGUCACGUGACUGGGUACCCGACAACAGUGAUCUCUUGGAGAAAGUCAUCGGGUCAGUUACCCCAGGGAAGGUUGAAGUACAAUAACAGUGCAUUGCAAAUUCUACAUGUUCGGAAAGAGGACUCUGACUUUUACUUCUGUUCAGCAUCAAACCUGUUAGGAAGCGUUGAAAAGAAAACUCUCUUAGUUGUUGCCUCGCUUCCUCGUUUUAUUGUUAAGCCACCUGCAAAAGUUGUUGCGUUGUUAAGAGGAACUUUGAGGAUAAACUGUAGAGCUUCGGGGGAUCCAAAACCAGUCAUCACAUGGAAGAAACAAGGAGAACAACUGCCAGUUAGGCGGAGCCAGCAGGUGAAUGGCUCGCUAGUGAUUAGAGACAUAACAAUGAACGAUAAAGGAAAUUACAUCUGUGUCGCAACAAGUGCAGGGGUGUUAAAGGCGGAAGCUGUAACUUAUACUGAGGUUCAGAAAGGUAUUUAA